AUGGGCAGACGGUGCGCAUUCUCCACUCUACUUGCACUCACCGUGAUAAACGUCGCCACGGGGCAGUACUAUGAUGUCCUGCAAGGUCUACAGCAGUUAUUCCAGCCGUACCAACCACAAGACUUUAUCAACCAAUACAAUGUACCAACAAGACCACCAAACACAUACAGACAGAUAAACAGAAAACAAAACAACCCACAAACAGAAGCACCGUCGUUCCAAUACGAAUACACUUUCGCCACAACCGAAAGCCCAAUCGUCAUAAGACGAAACUCUACGCCAGUUAACGACAACCUUCCUCCGAUCACUAAUCGGCCAGUUUUUAAUAAUAAUAAUAAUGAUGGAUUUAAUAAGCCUACGGAAAGUUCUUAUGAACAGAAUUCUGAACCUGAAAUAUUGAUUGGACCUGAUGAAGAUGAUAUGAGUGUAAGAGAAAAAAGGAGAUUCGAAGAUAUGACUGAACGAAUGUGUGAGCGCUACAAGGCGCUAACUGUAAAGAAGAUAGUAGCGUUACCCCUUAUUCCUUCCCCGGAUCCAGUUGAAGUGAACGUGUCCGAUUGUACCCCUAUUAAUGUACCCCUAAUUAUUGGGGGUAAGGUGGUCAGCAUCAGGGAUUUCCCUCACAUGGCUUUGAUUGGCUGGUUAAAGCUUAAGAAUACCGGCUACUCCUGGAAAUGUGGGGGUUCCCUCAUCAGCGACCAAUAUGUCCUAACAGCAGGACACUGCACCUAUCAGGAUAAAGACUAUGAUGUAGUCAGCGGACCUCCCCAAGCAGUGCAACUAGGCUCCUCCUACCUGGAUGACCCUGGAGCGCUGGUUGUCAAGGUCGCAGCCGUCAUCAGACAUCCCAAGUAUAAGCAGAGAAGAGCAUACCAUGACAUCGCGUUGAUCAAACUGGCUAAUAAAGUCAAAUUCUCCGAAGUCAUACGUCCUGCGUGUUUAGGAGAACCUCCUCCGGAGGGAAAGAGUAUCAUUGCUACUGGUUGGGGCAGGACAGAAUUUGGAGGAGACCACUCCUUCGUCCUCCGUUCCGUGUCCCUCCCCGUGUGGAACAUGGAGGAGUGUCGCGAUGUGUGGGGUACUUCGCUCAAGUUACCCAACGGGGUGACUUCGGACAGUCAUCUAUGUGCUGGGGAGAAAUCUGGCGGCAUGGAUACAUGUCAGGGUGACUCUGGUGGACCAGUGCAGCUUCAAUCAGGAUGUAUAUGGCGCGUUGUCGGUGUGACGUCAUAUGGCCGAUCUUGUGGAGCACCCCAAACUCCAGCUUUAUAUGCGAGACUACCUCGAGCCUUUAUAGGUGCACAGUUAUACGGAGAGAAUUACCAAUAA